UCAGCGGCCCAAGUUUACUUGUCGUUUUGGGCCUGGACGGGGUUGGAGCUACAGUGCACGUAUAGGGGUCUGAGGAAAUUGAUAGUAGGUGCUGGAACAGCUGCUUCCACCAUCCCUCCCCGGGCUAUGGGGCCUGGCUGGCUUCGGUCCGCGGUGUACUAAGUGCGGCCUAAAGUGUGAGACCCGGGGAGGGAGCAACAGAGACGCUUCAGUAUGAGCCAGUAAUUGGAAGAAGGACCCGAAGCAGCGCGCACACACUGAGCAACACGAUGGCUCAGGAGAAAAUGGAGCUGGACAUGGAGAUCCCGCCGAGUGAUGGCAGCUUGAGAAGGUCCAACAGCGCCCCCCUCAUCAACGGGCUGAGUGAUAAUUCACAGGUGUUCCAGACAGAUGUAAUGAGAGCCCGCAGGAAUAGUACUACUGUAGUAAACCGCCAAAGCUUGAUUGUGCCAUCUUCUCCUAUCCGCAUGUCAAGUAGCCGUCUUCACCAGAUUAAACAGACUGGAACAAAUUGGGGAGAAUUGUCUUCUUCUUCUUCUAGCGACUUCUGCAGCAUAAUCUUGGAAGAAGGUGUGGAUCUUAUGAUUAACAGAGAAACUGCACAUGAAAGGGAAGUACAAGUGGCAAUGCAGAUGAGCCAGUCCUGGGAGGAAAGCUUGAGUCUGAGCGACAAUGAUUUGGACAAAUCCUUCUCUCCAAAGCGUAUAGAUUUUGUUCCAGUUUCUCCUGCUCCUUCUCCCACAAGAGGAAUUGGAAAGCAAUGCUUCUCGCCAUCAUUACAAAUUUUUGUUAGCAGCAAUGGAUUGCCUCCAAGUCCCACUCCUAGUCCUACGAGAAGAUUUGCAACCAGGAGGAGUCAGAGUCCUAUAAACUGUAUUCGGCCUAGUUCACUUGGACCACUUAAGAGAAAAGGUGACAUGGAGCUUGAAGGUCAGCCAAAAAGACUUUUCCAGGGGACAACAAAUAUACUUUCCCCCGAGGUCUCCCAUUUAUCAGAUUUAGGUGCUUGUCUUUCUCCUGAAAAUCUUGAUGGAAGUAGGAACAGCCUUGGUUUAUCCUGUGAAUCUCCUGCCAAAAACAUUAUUACAGAAACAACUUCCUCAUCUUCGGAAUCCUGCUCCCUCUUUAUCCCAGUCGACAAUAUUUUGUCUAAGUGACCUAUCUGAAUCACCACAGUUAACUCAUACUUUGUGGAAAAUUCAAACUAAGCAGCAAACAGUAUAUGAAAGUAUCCUGUGCGGGCAGAACCGUUUACCGCUCAUAUUUAAUUGCUGAUAGUUCUGUGGUAACUUUCCAGAUAUGAUGCUUAAAAUGGAUUUUACAAGUGCUUGUUAAAAUAACAGACACGUGGUCUUGAAGCUGCUGGCUACAGAUUGUCCCCAAACACUAAAAACUUCUAUUUAUCUAAAGGGACAAUGAAUAAAAAGUUGUGUUACUGUAAUA